CCGACCGUAAACAGAAAGCGGAAACAAUAGAGAACCACAUACACACACCCUUGUCUUGGCGAUCUACUCAGGGAAAUAAAAUACCUUUACCUUUUAAGCAAUACUAUUAAAUAGACAUCUAAAGAAAAUACGAAGUCGACGAGUACUUGGGGGCAUUUGACUAAGUCGGUCGCCAUGGCACUGAAAAGAAUACAGAAGGAGCUUCAUGACCUGCAGAGGGAUCCGCCAGCACAGUGCUCUGCUGGACCCGUGGGAGAAGACUUGUUCCAUUGGCAAGCAACAAUAAUGGGGCCAGGUGAUAGUCCAUACCAAAGUGGUGUCUUCUUUCUCACAAUCCACUUCCCCACCGACUAUCCCUUCAAGCCACCAAAGGUAGCAUUCACAACAAAGAUCUAUCAUCCAAACAUCAACAGUAACGGGAGCAUCUGCUUGGACAUCUUGCGAUCCCAGUGGUCUCCAGCAUUAACUGUAUCAAAAGUGCUGUUGUCCAUAUGUUCGUUGCUUUGUGACCCGAACCCGGACGACCCCUUAGUUCCAGACAUAGCACAGAUCUACAAACUAGACAAAGAGAAAUACAACAGACUAGCAAGAGAUUGGACUCAGAAGUAUGCAAUGUAAAGGCCCUCCUGAAGAUUUUUUUUUUAAAGUCACAAAACACUGUACAUUCUGGUAAUAGAAAGUAAACUUAGGUGAUAUGGAA